ACAAUAUAUUUUUAUACUUGGAUUUAUUUUAUUGAUUUUUUCAAUAUCGGAUCUAACUAGUAACUAUAGUAGUUAGGUCUGACUCAACCAGUGUUGGAUCCAGGGGCACAUGCCCCCCUGUUAAUGGGCUGCAGUCCUACAGAACAUUUUUGAAAUAGUCAGUUUUUUAUUUAUACAUAGGUAUUAAAUAUGAUUUUAAAAACUAAAUAAAUAUCUAUACAAUAAUCGGAAAAUCGGUGUUGAAACUUUAUUCAUAUAUUUUUUAUUAAUUUAAUAUAUUAUAAUUUAUAAUUAAUUUACUGAAAAUUCAAAUUUCAAAAUAUUAAUAAUGUGCCCUCCUUAAAAAAAUUCCUGGAUCCACCGCUGAACUCCCUUUAUUUUUAAUAUUUUUAGUAAACAGAAAAAAUAUUAUUUGGAAUUUGGAUAAAUAAUAAAAUAAUCAAGUUGAACAUGGACUGACAACAUUUAUUAUAAAAUUAUUAUACACAAUGCAAUGUUUAAUGUAUUUAGACUAUUCUAAAAUAUUUAUAGACAUGUACAAAGCUGAAAGCACAUAUUAUUAUAUAUAAUACUACAUUUAUAUUUUAUUAUAUUGCAUCCAUGCAUUGUUUAAGUCGUUUAGAAUAAUUAGAAAAUAGCUAAACCGAUUAGUAGAUUUGCUCAACAUGACGUUUUAAUAAAACAGAAAUAUUCAAUGUAAACAAUCUUUUUAACAAAUAAAAUAUUAUUAAGCUAAAAAAAAAUAAUUACAUUAUUUGUAUGCAGCUAUCAGCAACCCGUGUUAUUCAAUUCUUAUUAACAUUAUAAAAAAAAUGUAUUUAAUAGAAUACAUUGUAUUUUAUAGGCUUACAAAUCAUUAAAUAGCACGAAAGGCACGGGGCCCUUGGCAAUUGCCCUUUUGCUGGCGCUGUCCGUACCAACUGAAGUAUACUUUCAAUUACUUUCCGAAGUCACUUAACAAGCAACCGGAGCAACUGUUUCUCGAUAGCGCACGAGUGCCCAACUACCGCGACAAUAUUGAUAAAACUAUCUAUAAAUCACAACACUACACUACUACAGCUUCUCGAUAAUCAUUAAUCCAUAGUAUAGGCCUACUGAGUACUGAAUAACCGGGAUUUUCCCAGUAAACCCCACUCCGAUUUAUAUGUAUUUUUGGAAAAGAUACCUUUUUCAUUAAUUUAUUUAUUUAUUUAUUAUUUAUAGACUCGUUAAGCUAGAGAAUACAGUACUAGGUGAUAAGGUAUCAGAUUAAAGUAUUAAACAUACAAAUUACAAACAUGUGUUUUAGUUACGAUCACGAUUAAUAAACAUUAUCAAUCUUUAUAGAUCUUGUGACUUGUGUAAAUACGACAAUCGGACAAGGCAAUUCUGUAGCCAGCUUAUUACGUUCCAUAAAAUAUCAUUAAAAUAUAAAAUAGAAUGUGUUUAAUGUUAAAAUUUUACAAUCGCGUGAAAAAUGUUAACGAUUGAAUGUGUAAAUGCCAAAUUUUAAUAAUUAUCGCCUGUUGACUUUUUAUUUAUAUUUUUUCGGUUUUUCGUACUACUUAGUACUCAUACCAUUACAUACUAAUAAAUAACAAGAUUGAGAAAAAUAUGGGCAUUAAAGACGAUUUUAUAUCAAAUAUUAUAAGAAAUGAAAUUUAUUAUCGCAAGAAACAAAAAAAAACUAAAGAUGCUACUACUACUACCUACUCUUCAAAAAAUGCAUUGGAUGAUGAAGAGUUUACAUUUUUAUUGAAAAGAAUUGCAGAAAAAUUAAAGAAAAAGAAAAAGAAAAAAAAAUCAAAUAAUAUACAAUUAAAAAUUGGAAAAGCAUCCAAUUAUACUAAAGAUGAUGAAGUAAAAUGCAACAUAUGUAAACAGUUAUUCUCAAAGACCUAUUUGGUUAUUCAUAUGCAAUCUCAUAAGGCUUUAUAUAAUUGUGAUAUUUGUAACAAGAAUUUCUCUUACCUUUCAAUAUUCAAUAGACACAAAGCAACUCACAAAAGGGAUGUGGUAAUCUAUAAAUGUAAAUUAUGUAAUAUAACAUUUAGGAAUCCUAGUGAUUUAUCCAAACAUGAUAUAUUUCAUGAAGAAGAAAGUAUAAAAUGUCUAUUUUGUUUUAAAACAUUUAAGCAAUUUGAUGAUUUUCUGAACCACAUUAACAUGUACUCAUUUGACAAAUCCACUCAAAGUUUAACUAAUCACAUAAAAAUACACAGUGAAGGCAUACACUGCUCAUCAUGUUGUACUUGUAAAAUGAGUUUUGCAAAACGUGAUACCGUCAUAAAAUAUAUUGGAUGAUACAUUUCAUUGAAAAACUAAUACAAUUUUCCUAAUCAAAGGCAAAAAAUUAUAAUGUUAACAUUUAUAUAUUUUUAUUUUAAAAUUUAGCCAAUUUAAUAUUACUUUAAUUAAUGUAUACCGAUUUAUUUUAACUUAUUUAUUAUUCGUUAGCAACACUAGAUUUUUUUUCAUCCAAAUAUACAAUUCUUUAUUUUUAAACAAACAAUGUUAAAAAAACUCAAUAUUCCUGAUUGAAAUAAUAAUGUGAAACUUAGAAUCAUAAUUAUAUAAAUAUAAUUAUUUUUAUUAUCUCUGA